GCUUUGAACACUUCUCUGGCACAAAGACGAAACUGAAAAUGUCUCCAAACAUGACUUGCGAAGCUCUUCCAUCUUUUUCUCCAAGGCACACUGUGGCCAAAAGAAAAGAGGCUCUCGAGCUCAGAAAGACAAUGAAACCUUUAAUGGAAAAAAGAAGGCGCGCUCGUAUCAACGACAGUCUGAACCAUUUGAAAAACCUCAUAAUUCCCCUCACUGGCAGAGAUAACACUCGCCACUCCAAGCUUGAAAAAGCUGACAUCCUGGAAAUGACUGUGAGAUUCCUCAGCGAAAUCCCCCCUGUUAGCACGAAAAAUUCCGCAGACAGUUACAAACAAGGCUUCAAAACCUGCCUGCAGCGCGUCUCUACUCUGCUUCCCAAAACAAGCUUAGAUCAAGACGCAUGCCAGCGGGUGAACGAAUUUGUUCAGCAGUCCUCCGCCGCCACAGUCACCCCAACCUGCCUGAACUGCUGCGCUCAGAGCUCCAGGACUCUCCCUCAGAUCCAACAGAAACUCUUGAGCCUCAAAUCCAGCUUCAAGUCCAGACUGGAGAGUCAGUCCAGCUGCGUAGUUGCUCCCUGCCGCGCGCAGCCCGGCUCGCAGGCAGUCAGCGCUGCCAUGUGGAGACCUUGGUAGAUUUCUGAUGUCAAGGUGGCCGGGUCUCCCUAAAGCCCGUGAAAAGACUGUAAAGUUUUUCAUAUGUAGGCAGCAUGUCAAGAUCACUUGUAAAUAUGCACAGUGAUUCACCGCCUCGCUUCCGUUGAUGAAAAGUCAGAAUUCAUCGUUAAAUUGAAUCGGUUGAGUAUUAUAUACUUACGUUUAGCGCGAGUCUUUUGUCCUGUAUAAGUUGACAAGUUUAGACAGUCGUAUUUUUUUUAAAUCUGCAUGUAUGUAUACGGUAAAUAUUUAGUCCACUUCGCGGACUAAGUGAGUAAGGGCCAUUAAAACAGCCCUGUAAGACCCAAAGGGUCAGUCUGUAAUUAUUUGCACGAUAGACUUAAGAGUACUGAGUCUGUGCAGAUGAACUCUGUAGACAUAUAUUAUGUCAAUGUAAGUAUCU